AUGACCGAUAUCGUAGGUAGAAUCAAGGAUGCAUUUUCGCAUGUCGCAUGGGCCCGUAUCCAGCAGUACUUGAUGUACUCGGUGCCGCUAAAGCUAUAUACCUCUUCGCAUCCUGGCUUUGACCACAGGUCUGUGCCGAUGCGGAUACGGCCCGCGAUGCUUGUCCUGAAUAUCAUCGUGCUCAUUGUGCUUGGACUGCUUGGCUUCCAUCCCUCUGCACAGGACUAUGUGUACGUCAACGACAAGGUAAUGCAUUUUUUGGGGUUCAUGCUGCACAAAACGUUUCAACUCGGCGAUAUUAUUGCAAACAUAUUGGGUGCGAGCAUCGGUUUAUGGUUGGGGCAUUUUAGCGCGCGCGCACAUCGCGAAAGGCGCGACCUUGAAAUGCUCUAUGCACCACUUGAUUUAGAAGAGCAUGGCGAAGAUACAUAUAAUCCCGACGGAUGGGACGGAGUCGGUACCGAGCGAGGCGCAGGCGGCGCAGCUCGAUUGACAGAUCUAUGGGAUGAUCGGAUACACGAGCACGAAUUGGACGAAUCUACGGAGCUGCCUGUGGCAAAGAACGCAGCGAUGUUUGCGAUUGAAGACAUGUCCGAUACAGAAUUGUAG